AUGGCUGCAACAAGGAAUCCCCAGGCAUACCCCAUCCCCAAAAAGGACUGCUCCCAGGGACAGAAAGCCUUUCAUGGCACCAACCCUGACUUGGAAGCUUCCCGCCAGCACUUCAGGCGGUUCUCCUACCAGGAAGUAGCUGGCCCCCACGAAGCUUUUAACAAGCUCUGGAAAGUCUGUUGUCAGUGGCUAAGUCCUAAGACACACUCAAAAGAGCAAAUGCUGAAGCUGCUGGUUUUGGAGCAGUUUCUGACCAUUUGUCAGAAGAGAUCCAGACCUGGGCAGCAGCAGCCCCCGGUGUUGUUACAGGGACCAGUCACGUGUGAGGACAGAGCCAUAUCCCUCUGUCAGGAAGGACAGACACUCUUUGGCCCUACACAGAGGGCCCUCUACAGGGGCGUCACUCAGAAGAACGACGAAGAUCACUCUCUGCCAGGUGUACACUGGGGCGACGAGGAGACCGAGACGCUCCUGGCCACCCUGUGGGAUGCUCAGCAUCAUGAGGAACUCCUUCGUGAGCACAGCCAGGCCUACAGGGCAGUGGCAGGACGACUCCGGGAGCAGGGCUUUCUGCGGACCCCAGAGCAGUGUCGCACCGAGUUCACCAGCCUGCCGUCGAGGUACCACAAGGGGAGGGCAGGCCAUGUGCCUGAGCCAUGUGUCCUUUAUGAGGCAGCGGAUGCCCUGUCAAGCUCCCGGGCCUCUGCACCCACGGUGGCAAGCCGUGCUGUUCCUGGCCAAGAGGGAAGGGCUGCAGAGCCCAGAGAGCUGAGUCAGCAGAACGGGGAGCCCACAGAGGUCGGAGAAGGGGCCUGCCUGGCGGAUGGUGCAGCCGGGGACAAGCAGGACUUCCGGGAUCCUGGCCGGGAAGGUAGGAGACGUGACCUGCCAGUCUUGUUCCCACACAGAGCUGGUCUUGAGAUCAAGAACAAAACUAAAAAAGAGAAUCAGAAAUGGGACGAUUCAGGGCAAGCAAAAGUGAAGAAAGCCGUAUGGAGAAAGUGUAGUGAAAUUUUUUGGCACCCUGAGCCCAAGAGAGGCCAGAAGGGUGAGCCUGAGCCAAAAGGGCAAUGAAGACGUUCUCCGGGGGAGCGUGCGGGGAGACCCCCGUCCCAGGACAGGAGGAGUCAGCAGACACUCCGUGCCGGGGAGAAGGCCUGUGCGCAUGUCCCGAGUGGGGGAGACUGCUCUCAGGGCUCUCUCUGUCGCCACCAGCCAGUCCCCGAACUGGAAAAAACGUCUAAGUGCCAGCAGUGUGGGAAAAGCUUUAGUUGAGGUUCUUACCUCAUUUAGCAUCAGAGAAUCCGUACAGGAGAGAAGCCUCACAAGUGCAGUGAAUGUGGGAAAGGCUUCAGUGAGCACUGCAACCUCAUUGCCCACCUAAGGACGCACACGGGGGAGAGACCCUACCGCUGUGGGGAAUGUGGGAAAAGCUUCAACCAGAGCUCCAGCCUCAUCAUCCACCAGAGGACCCACACCGGUGAGAAGCCUUAUCAAUGUGCUGUCUGUGGGAAGAGAUUCAACAGCUCCCAGUUCGGUGCUCACCAGUGAGCUCACAUCCGGCAGAGCCCCCCGCCGCCCCACGCACACUGUGGGAGCUUCAACAACGGCGUCCACGGCCAUGCCCACCAGAAGAUACACACUGGGGAGAAGCUGUACAAGUGCCCUUGGAGUGAGAAGAGCUUCCCCAAGAAUCCCGUCCUCAUCCACCAUCAGGGGGCACACAGAGAAGACACACUCACACCCAAAAAGGGACACAUGCUGCGAGGGUGUAGGAAAGCCAACAGAUCAAUUCCCUAG